GCGCGAUGAUGACAACGUAGAUGUCAAAUGUGGCUUUUCUCCUGAUGGCUCUGUCUUCAGCUAUCAAGCUUCUGUAAAGGCUAUAAACCUGAAAUUAUGGCUUUGAACCAUCUGAGCCUGCUGCGACCUCUGCUCUGUCAGUCCCUGGUGCGACAGGUCAGGUCUCCCCUCGUGGCCACAUCCAGGGUCAGUACACUGCUACCGUUUCCCAGCACCACCUGUUACCCUGCUGCAUGCACCAGACUCUAUGCUACCAAGAAGGCAAAAGCUAAGGCAAAGGGCCAGUCAGCUAAGGUGAAUAUUAAUUCAGCUCUGGUGGAAGACAUCAUCAGUCUAGAUGAAGUGAAGGAGGACAUGACCACUAUUCUCAGUACGCUCAAAGAUGACUUCACACGCAACCUCAGCAUCCGGACCUCUCCAGGAGCUCUGGAUCACAUUGUGGUGACGACUCAAGAUGGAAAGUUCCCUCUCAACCAGCUGGGUCAGAUCUCAAUGAAAUCACCUCAUCUCAUUAUGGUCAACAUGAGCAGCUUCCCUGAGGCUACAUCGGCUGCCACCCGUGCCCUGAGAGAGAGUAGCAUGAACCUAAACCCAGAGGUGGACGGGACAAUCAUCAAGGUGCCCAUUCCCAAAAUAACACGGGAACACAGAGAGAACCUCACCAAGCUGGCCAAACAGUUCAGCAACAAGGCUAAAGAUUCGCUGAGGAGAGCGCGAUCUAACGCGGUCACACAGGUCAAAAAGGCGAAGGAAGGACACUCGGAGGACACCAUACGACUCAUAGAAAAACAGAUUCAGCAGAUGGCGGACGACAUUGCAGCCGACAUUGACAAACAGCUUGCAGCCAAGACCAAAGAGCUAUUAGGCUGAUGGGGACAGUACAGAGAAGUACACAGGUCUUAUUUUUGAUAGUGUAUCAUUUGGUUAUCACUGGACUUACAGGUGGACAUACACAACAGUGGCAAUGUGUCAGUGUUACUAUGUUGAUAACAGACAGUGACUGGAUCUUGUUGAGAAGGUAGUUUUUGAAUCCAACAGACAAACAAGCCUCUGGUCCUGUAGUACAUGUUCUGGUUCUCCUGGCGGACGCUGGGUUUUGGUUCCUGCCCACAUCACUGGCAAAGAUCUUCUCUUCACUGCUGGGUGAUAUCUGUGUUUAACCGUCAGCACAUAAACAGAAAUUGGCACGGAAAUAACAACAACGACAGACUGCCAGUCACCUCCCUCCUCCCUUGUUACCCGUCCUGUCUUCAAACAAACUCCGAGCGAGGGACGAAUGGACUUUUAAUGGGAUUUGUGGGCCUCCUCCUAAUCAAACCCUUUGCCACAAGGGCUGUCUGUUUACAUAAAACAAGCGCACCCGUCUGAAUGUAAACUGGCUGCGGAUUUGUCUUGGUGGCGAGAGCGAGAGAGAGAAAGGGAGAGAGAGUUUGUUCCAGAGACGCGGGAUCCAACCGAACAGAUAUCAUUAGCGUGUUGCCAAACAUUUGUUUCACAUUGAUUCAAAGUCUGUUAAAAAUGCACUUGAGAAAAAAAAAAGGCUCUUUAAUUUCUG